UGCGAAAAAUCGUCCGUGAAACUUCGUACGCUUUUCACGAAAGUUUCCCACGUUAAAAGGUCGAGGAAGAGAAGGAGUAGGAGGUGGAGAAGGAGGAGAAGGAGGAGAAGGAGGAGGAGGAAGAAGAAGAAGAGAACCACGUGACCAGAAAGAAUCGAAGAACACCACGAACAAAUCCUUAGAAAGAGAGAGAGAUUCUGAGAAAGAGAAAAAAAAAGAAAGAGAUAAGGAAGAGAAAGAAAGAGAAAGAGAGAGAGAGAGAGAGAGAGAGAGAGCUAGCUUCGUAUUCUUUAGACAACGAGAAGAGCUCACAGCUGGCAAGAAGGAUUAGAGGAAGAGUUACUGUGAGAUCAAAGGAAGAAAAGAGAAGGAGAAGGAUAAUCUAGUGAUAUAUGUACGAUCGAUAAAAAAAAAAAAAAGAAAACCGUCAGUAAUACAUACGUACGGAUCUUCAAUCGAUCGAUCGAUCGAUUGGAAACUCGAACAACGUGUUUUGUGUGUUGAUUGUUAUUUAUUAGUUAACGUGCGUGUUAGAGAAAUAUUGUGUAUGUGUAUAUGAUGUGUGUUAUAACAUGUUGAUGAAGAAGCACAGCGAAUACAGUGAUUCGAGUGACACGACUGAGUACUCCUCGUUCUUGUGAAAAUUAAUAUAUAAUAAAGAAUUAGAAAAAGGAUAGAAAACAAUCUAUAUAUGUAUAUACACACACGCGCGUGCACACGCAUCAUACACUCGCACCACACUUGUAUAUAUUUAUACGUAAAUCUCUUACAUCUUUGCCUCUUCUCUUAGUGUUUUUAUUAUUGUUAUAAUAAUAAUAAUUAUAUUAUUAUUAAGGAGAGAAAGAGAGAGAGAGAGAGAGAGAAAUAGCUCUUUCUCUUUCAUACAUAUACACACACAUAUACAUACAUAAGUACAUACAUUCUUACAACUUCAUCCUCACGAGAUCGUAUAUCAGAGUCUGAAGAGAGAUCGAAAUGGGAGUGGUACUGAUGCUGCUGCUGUUGCUGGUGCGCGGAUUCGUUCGAGGUUAACCGAUCACUCGGUGCCUUCUCGCGCCUGGCUGCUACUCUCGAGUGGAUCCUCUCGAAGGGUAAUUAGUUAUUGGACGUACGAGAAGAGCUGUUCUCCUUCUACAUCGUCACAUGUCCUUCCUUGUCGUCAUGCUGACCGUCACGUUGUUGUUAUUCUUCCUGCUACUUGGCUGUCCGGUUGCCCGUGCGGAUAACUUAGCCCUGUUGGCAGGUACCUUGAAGACCUAUCAGCGUGCAGCCUGCGACGAGGAACCGAUGACACUUAAGUGUCCACCCGGCACGACGAUAUCGGUCGCGCUCGCGCGCUAUGGGAGAGCUGUUGCGAAUGGACCAGGAAGAUGCGGCAUCUCUUCCGACGUCUCAUCUAAUUUUGCCAUCGAUCAUCAUCAGCAAACUAACGACACGUGCUUAUUGCCGGAUUCUUUACAGUACUCACUGUUGCAGACGGUCGUCGAGAUGUGUCAGAAGAAGAGGCAGUGUAAAUUCAACACAAGCCCGAAGACCUUCCAAGGAGAUCCGUGUCCUGGUCUUGCAAAACGAAUUUAGGAGUAAGGUGGUUUGCGAGAACGACGUUAUUAAUCUCACCUGUCACCCCGGACAGAGAGUGGCCAUUUUCCGUGCGUCCUUCGGCAGACUGGAGUACGAGUCCCUUCAGUGUCCACAACCUCACGGACUGAAAAACGAUACUUGUAUGGCAACGUACGCAACAGAGACGGUAAUGCAAAUGUGCCAUGGCAAACGACGUUGUUCCAUCGUAGCAAACAGCACGACGUUUAACGACCCUUGCAGACCGGACAUCAGGACGUAUCUCACAGUCGUUUAUACCUGUGUACCACGUUCGGUCUUGAGAGAGCAGUAUCAAGGAGAUCUAGAAUCGGACGAGAUGAAUCUAACGCAUAGGAUCGAUGAGGGCUUCGACAGAGUCGAUUUUAGAGCUGAAUUCAGUCCAAGUCCAAAUCUCGAAGGACCACAGCCUCAGCCAAGGGACAACGUUUCACGAAAUUUCCCGACGGUUAGUUCAUCGCCACCACGUGCAAGGACCAACAACGACGUGGACAACGUGUUGAACAAGUUAGGCUCGGUUGGUAAAGAGGCAAAAGGUACCAAAGAAAAAGACUUGUCCUUAUCGGCCGUGGUAACCACGGGAAUGAUAUUUGGCGGCAACAGGGGUGGUAAUAGUAGUGCCCUACCUACGACGGUAUCACCGUCUAACUGCACGACGGUUGUCUACACGGUUCCCGAUGAGGAUCGUAUGGUUGUUGGAUAUCUCAAUGAAUGGAUCAAUGCCUACUCGUUCAUAUCAAACAAUCAAGAAAAAUUUUAUCUCUACAUCAUCGUAUCGGUCACUGGUGGCAUCCUCAUAUUUUUGGGUUUGGUGAUUGGCAGACUUCUUUUGAGUCGUCAUCGCGCGAAACGAGACGCUAAGUUCCACGCAAAUAAUGAGGCACUUCCAAAUGCAUUUACGGACAAUAUCUCCGAGGUCGACGCGAACAUCGAUCUCACUACUCCGGUUCCAGUCCCGAUGCAGGACACCAGAAUACCGGAGACCCAACUAGCCGAGAGACUUCACGGUGAGCGUUACUACACCGAUACGAGGAUACCAUUGUCACCUAGCAGUAUUCACACUGCCCCAAGUCAUCAUGCGACGAGCACGGGUGUCAGAGUCGAUCUGGGUAACCACAUGGUGGGCACGGAUAGCCUUCACACGAUCUUACGCGCGGAAAAUCCACGAAGCCUCAACACUAAAAGCUACUACUACGGCUGACACGAAGAAGGGGUUGUCCCCCGCGAGGGACGACCCCCGUCCUUGAGUCCCGUGCCCGAAGUGAGCAUGAGAAAUUAUUGCUUCUAAAUUACAAUUACGAGUCAAAAUUGCAUAUUCACAUACCACACGACGAUAAACACAUAAACACAUACAUACAUACAUACAUAUAUACGUACAUACAUAUAUACAUACAUAUAUACAUACAAAUAAACAUAUAUACAGACAUACAUAUAUAAAUA